ACAAAGUUAUCAAUUGAUCAUGUUACUUAUUUUAGGUUACUUGUUUUUGUAGCUUUAUUCCGUUAACAAUUCCAUAUAAUUCAGUAUUUGAUAAUUGAAAUCACCACUAGACUUAUGACAUUCUGUAGAUGAUGUUAAUAAAUAACCUGAAGCACUUGAUUUCAACUUGUACACAAUAUUUCACUCACUGAAUCUACCAUUCAGUUCAUGUCCUGGCACAAUGCCCGAAGGUCCUGAACUCUACAAAGCAGCUACCUUUCUCAACCACAUUGCCUCCCAACACAUCUUUAAGAAGGUCCGCCCUCUCAAGGAGCCAAGUCACAAACACCCUCUUAUUCCAUGGACUAAACCAAGUUUCUCUCUUGCUGGGGAGGCACGAGGUAAGGAAAUCAGGAUUACUUUCACAGAGUUAUCUCUGAAGGAUGAGGUUAAAAAUGAUAAGUUUUUUCCGGAAACUUUAAACAUUCUUCUGACUUUUGGCAUGGCCGGUAGAUUUGCCAUGACAAAGACAGGGGAGACUAGGAAACACUCGCUGUUAAUGUUUGAUACAACAGAUGAUCAAACAUUCUCUUUUGUUGAUACUCGUCACUUUGGAAGGUGGAUACUGACUGACGAGUGGUCUCCCCAAACAAAGCGUGGCCCUAGCAUUAUAACUGAAUACCAACUGUUCCGGAAAUAUUUGUUAUCACUGCUUGAUAAACCAGUGUUUGAUAAGCCAAUAUGUGAGGUCAUGUUGGACCAGCGGUAUUUUAGCAGCAUUGGUAACUACCUCAGAGCUGAAAUCCUUUACCGUCUAGACAUAGACCCUUAUUGUUCAGCUAGAUCAGUUCUUGAGAAUCUGCCGGAAGUUUCGUGUGACAACAACCCGGACCUCCUGAGAAUGUGUCAUGAUGUUUGCUGGGAGGUGAUAAACUUGAAGGGGUCCGGUAAGCCUUAUGACCCGGAGGGUAUAUACGGGGACCACGGUGUGUUUGAGGCGUGGCUGCAGUGUUACAUGGUAAAUGGAAUGGGGAACAGUGUAGAUAAGAAGGGGAGGACUAUGUGGCACAGCUUGAAGUUUGGGAAAGGGAAACACAGCAGACAUACUGUCAAGCCAGUUAAAUCUGAGGAAAAUGAUAGUUUGGAGGAAGAUACCAAGCCCAAACGUAACAGCAGAUCAAGGAAAGUUAAAUCUGAGCCAUUAGAGAAAACUGAAAGUGAAUAUUUUGAUAAAGAAACAAAGCCUAGACGAAGUUGUAGAUCAAAGAAUAUUGAAUGUUAUCCUUCUGAAAACGGCAUCCAAUCAGAGGGGGUGGAUGUGAAAACUGAAAGUGAAUAUUUUGAUAAAGAAACGAAGCCCAAAAAUACUCCCAGAUCAAAGAAAGUUAAAUCUGAGCCUUUAGAUAAGAGUGAGACCACCGAGGGGGCUAACGCAAAAAGAGAGGAAGCAGAGGUGAAAAUUAAAACUGAGCCACAAGAAGUCAUGAACAGUGUUAUUACAGAGGGAGGGAAAGUUAAAAUUGAACCUUAUGAGGUUGUCAGUAAUGAUAUCAACAUUAAACUUGAGCAAGAUGAGGAGUUUGAUGGUAGUGUCAUUAGAAGGAGAUCAGUUAGGUUGAAAAGGGCUGUUAAUCAGGGAAAUUCUGGGGACAUAUCGAAUAAAUCAAAACGAAUUAAGGACACUGACCCCACUUAUAGUCCUUAUUUUAAAUGAAAACAAUUAUCUAAAUUGAAAAGUUUAGUAUUUUACUGAAUUGUUGUUUUCAAUUGUAUCUAUUCAUAGUUUUUAAUGUUCAAUUUAAUCAAUUAAUUUAUCGCAUUUUGUAUAUAUAAGCGUGACCCCGCAAAACAGAUUUCAUCAGCUAAUUUUAUUUUAUAUAG